AUGUUUACAUAUGGCAAAUAUUAUGAAUUAAUGAACACUUACAAUAGAGUUCAGUUCCUCAUGAAACAUCUCUUGCACAUACAACUCUGUACGGCGAAAAUACGUCAGCGUCAAAGGCGAAAAUACUCGCUGCUCAUUGUGGCAGUGCACGGUAGUUUAGUAGCGUCCAUUAUUAUUAUAGCUAUAAAAACCUAUAAUGGUUACUUUUGGUACGCCCUAAUGGCCAUUAUUAUACUCAGAAGUCGUGGCAUACAGCUAAUAUUUUUAUUGGAUUAUAUUGUUUAUUACAUGGAGUUAUUCAAUGUUAAAUUGAGAGCUUUGAUUUCCUGUAAGAUCGAUAGGAACUAUCAUUUAUUGGAUAUUGACUAUAAGCAUUUGGAAUCAUUUGAGUAUUUGCAAAAUUUAAAAAGUAUUUAUCAGGAAAUCUAUGCCUUGCAUGACAAAUACAAUGAUCUGUAUGGCCAUUCAUUGGCCAGCAUAUAUACGGUGGUGGUGCUGGAUAUUAUCAUCAAUAUGUAUUGGACAUUUCUAACAUUAAACGAAUAUUAUGAAUCGUAUUAUAAUUAUAUAACGUGUGCAACAUUGAUAGCAUUGUAUGUCAUAUUAUUUGUGAUGUGUUACACGGCCGAACAGUGCGAGAAUCAGACUUGCGGCAAGAAAACUUGCCCUGUGUAA